AUGCCUGGCCAGCUUGAGAAACUUGAGAAAUUCAACCCUCCUGCCUUUUUAGAGGAUUUCGAGGGCGAACAGCUGGAAAGAUGGUCGACCACUGUCGAUGGCUGGUUCAAUGAUGAAAUCGCUGGGAGACAAACUGGACGCUCGAUUCUGACCCAGUUCUUCAAUCCAACUCAGUUUGCGUAUGACAAGACUCUCCCUCCUGUACCCAUCACUUGGGUCGGGUUUCCUCUGAAUCGUGCACCACGUGGUCGUCUGGAUCCUGUCAAGAUCAAGGGCUAUACGAAGGAUCCCAAAACUGGCGAGGAAGUCCCGUUCGAGGUUUCUUCUGACCGCCUUGAUCGCUGGGUCAUGGAUGAGUAUCUCGAAUGGUCAACCAAAAAGGUCGACGGAGACGUCGAAGUAGUCAGCUUUACCUGCGAGGGUCCUGAGUACUGGCAAGAGCUGGCCAAGUACAACCCAAUCAAGGUUGAGACGCCUAUUGAGAAUGCCACUGUUCAGGAGUUUGAGAGCAACGACAAGAUUCUCAAUAUCUACAAGAAGCUAAACCCCGACUUUGCGGAUCAGAUCAAGGGCGACGAUCUUGUAGAUGAGAAAGGAGUCUACGACAUCUACAACAAAUGGAAUGGCCACACUGAUACUGGCACGAUUGCUCACUUGAUCCAACUCAACAAUAGUCUCAGUGCCGAGAUUGACAUUGCUGCGCAAGCGACUGUUAGUCGUACUGACUUGAUCGGUGCAGCAGUCAACGAAGUCUGCCGACUAGCACACAGCGACGUUGUCAACAUCCCCGUGACAGUCUCAGUCAUGGAUCCCGUUGCGUUGUACAUUUACGACGCAGACUUUUCCUCAUUCUUGCUAGAUCCUACGGGCAAGCGGCGUGGAAAUGUUCGAGAGAUGAUCCCUGUUCCCGAGGGCGUCUUUGACUGGUGCGGUCGUGGCGAUAUCACCAAGAACAUGGGUCUUCAUCUCCGAGUUUCAGUCAAGGGAAUGAAGACCACAGAUGGCAGUCGUGAGCUCAACGUCAGUGAUCUUUUUGACCAGAAUAAUGGUGGUCGCUACGUACACUACGGCAGUCAGUUCGCUGACUACAUCAUCAUGAGCGUGUCUGGCAUUGUUGGACCCAAGCCUGAAGAUGCAACGGCAGAGUGGCCCGGCAAACCCCAGCCUGCGAUUACCUACACUGAGCCGUAUCUACAGAAGCCGUGGAUCGAGCCAAAGACUAUGGGAGAUAAAGACCUGAUCACUACAUUUGAGAGUGGCGAGGUCAACAAGAUUGUUACCAAGUCUCAGCUUAAGGCCAUGGAAAUAAGAGUAGCGGAUCAGAGCGGACCUUCGGAUUACAUGGGAAUGCCUGAGCCAGGUCCACCGAAUGGACCCGAGUACCUCUCAAUCACCCCGAAGGUACUUUAUUAG